AUGAAGUUUAUAGACCCAAAGGUUGUGAAUGGAAGCAUUGAGGUUGAGAUUGAAGCAGAAGAUACCAUUUCUGAUAUAAAGUUGUGGGAACCUUCGAUUGUCUUGUAUGCCCUGGGAGGAGAGCUUAAUGAGUGCACUGCUAAUCGUCUUAGAGUGUCUUAUGCCAGAAUGCUUGUAGAGAUGGAUAUCAUCAAAGAGCUUCCAAACACUAUCACAAUCCGAGACAAGGAAGGGGAAAAUUUUCAACAGCUGAUUGAGUACAAAUGGAGGCCACUUUUCUGUAAUAAAUGUCAAAAAGUGGGUCAUUAUUGUGACAAACUGAAACCUCCUAUGAAACAAUGGAUGGCCAAACCUAAACCUCCUGAUGAAGCCAAGUUGCCAGUGGAAGCCAAAACAAAUGCAGGCAGUAAGAAUGCAUAA